AUGCAAGAGGAGAACAGCGUGCCAGCGGCGUUGGCUCCCAGGGACACGGACCGCCUCGACCCUCUUCAGCUGCUCUCCUCCUCUCAGAGGCACUGCGGGCUGAGCAGCGCUGCGGAGAGCGGACAAGGGUGUCACUCGCGCUCACGCGGCAAGCUGGAGGUGGAUUCGACUCGAACACCGAGCGGUGAUGAGAGGAGCACUGGAUCAUUGUCGAAAAGGGAUGACUUGUCGAAUGGGGCCGCAAAGAACCCCCCGCUCAGGUUUAGCGGGCAUCCUCGCCAAUUAACUGCACAAGGUCUUCAUUCACACACUCAACACCGUCGUUUGGUGGCACUAGCCGUCUCACUUGUCUUCAUAGUCAUGGUUCACUGGUCCAUCAGCGAAUUCACGACCAAUGUCGGCUCACAACAGAAAGCGUCGAUGCGGUUGUCGAAGGAGGAGGCCCGUCUAUCUCAGUUUCCAUCGCCGUUUUCGGUCGUGGUGCGGCACGAGAGUGCGAUGACGCGGUUGACGACCAAACAGCGUGGUCUCGCUGCCGCUAGGGCUGACUCUCUGGUGCGGCUGGACCGUGAUCAGCUGCCGUCGUGGACGCUGCGCGUGAUCGACGAGAACUGCGCAAUGUGCUUCGACAGUGUCACGUACGCUUCCGCGGCCGCUGCGGAUCCGGAGACAUCGACUGACGAGACGGGAAAUCAGAGGCGGGAAAGGCUUUCCGUGUUCGCGACUGCAUCUGCACCGCUGGGCCUCAUGGGGCCGAUGCUGUUUGCGAUGGCGAGCGUGACGGACGACGUGGAUGUUGCAGCGGAACUGCCGCUGUGGCAAUGGGUGACCCGGUCGUACGCACAGCAGCGCCGCUUCGUCCACGCGUCGCAGUGGAGGAGCACAGGUGAGCGACCGCGACACUUGAUCGUGAUGGGCAUACCUUCAACGGACCAGCCGAUGCGCUACCCGCUUCGGGACGCGCAGCGCGCAACGUGGUUGACGUACCGAGAGGUUGCGCGCACCGAGAACAAUUUUACGGGCGCGCUGCUGCAGCUCUACGUGUUUGCUGCUGCGGAGCGUCCUUCUGAGGACGCAACGCAUUCGACCGUGGACAUGGUGCAGCUGGCCCCAACAGUGAGCGAGUACGCUGCCGCGACUGCACAGCGCCGGGCUGUAGAGAGUGGGGACGUCAACAAUGCCCCCACGUACGUGCAGCGUCGCGUGGUGCUGCGUGAUGGGUGGCGCGGCAUCCCAAGAAGCGAUGACGCGGCGUGGAAGUCACCCUGCGCUGGUGUACGGUCCUCCGUGGUGACUACAUCACGUCGUGUGGACGGGACUUCGUCACUCGCGACUCUUUCAGCCCAGUUGUCGCUGCCCGUGACACCUGCCUUCACAGCAGCGGCGCAGUAUGUGUGCCACGUGUCUGCUGCACUGUGGCAGGAGGCGCUGCACUAUCGCAACUCGCUAUGGCUGGACUUUUUGACGGACCGCAAGCCGACCACGAAAAAGAAAAUGGGUAUGCGGAUUUCGUGGGGUAUCCCGACAGAGGUAGGCAUGUCUCAAAAGGUCGUCAUAUGGCUGAACUACGCGUACGCUGCGUUCCCAGACGUGCCGUACAUCAUGAAGGGCGAUGACGACAUGUACCUGAAGGUGCCACAGUACUUGAGCGACCUGCGGCAUGUGCGCGGUGGGUGGCGGAAACCGCGCAACUUGACGGCGACCAUUCCAUACAAUGGGGUUAUCCCACCGACGCUGGGCAUCGACGACACGGAGGAAUGCCUGUAUCGGGUGUGGUGGUGGUUCGACAAUCACAAGGUUGUAUUUGGCCACGGUCCUGGCUAUGCACUAGACCGUCGUCUCAUCAAGGCUGCACUGAACCCAUUCGAUGUCCCCAACCAACGUUUGCUGAUGCUAUUAACGAUGCCGUACACCGUCAGUUAUCACAGCCAUUAUGUCAGUUUGCUCAUGCAGUACGAGGACCUUUUUGUCGGACGGCAAUUGCAAAAACAUGCUGCUAGGGUGAAAGAAGUGUGCAUGAAGCGUCCACUGCGCUACGUAUCGGACAAAGAGCCACGGUCGCUGCAGGUGCUCCGACCCGCGUCCUCCAAACAGACCUGGAUAUGGAGCUCGGUACUGAUGCACUAUUCUAUGCCGGCGAUUCCUUACUUCAUCCACUACUACUUCAAGAACGAGUUCAAGGUCGCCAAGGCGGCUGAAUGGGCGCUUAAGCAGGGCAUCAGCGUCAGCGCCAUCGAAGCGAAUGCUACACAGAAAAUGAAGGAAUGGGUGGCGUCACAAGUGCCGACGACGCUGGCGGGCAUUGCAAGGGUGCGGAAGGUAAGAUGGGUGCGCGGAGACCCACGCACGGCAUAUGUUGUAGCUGAGGGCGAUGCUGUUGCGGUGUAUGAUAUUCCGUACAGACGUCGCACCACCACACUUGUCGAAUUUGCCAUCGAGUCUGGAAAGUAG